AUCCCUGAACCAGCAUGUAUUUGCUACUGAAGCUUGUAUUCCUCCUUGCUCUGGCUUACACGCUCCUGAACUUGUAUCUGUUCUACAAGCGGUCCAAAUACCGACACAUCCCCUCCCCACCUAUACCUCUCUCUUGGAUCUGGUUUAUGGGGCAUCUCCCUGAUCUGAAUGCACGAAAGUCCAGAUCUCCUAACAUAAACCUGAUUCAACUCACUUCGGAGUACCACAAGGAAUAUCGGUGGGACAUGUUUAGGCUGUCCUUUUUUCAUGUGAAUAUCGUAUUCUGUGCGAAUUUAAGCGUUGUCCAAAAGAUUAUGACUGAUGCAAUUAAUUUUCCGAAAGACAGAAAAUUCCUGGAUGCAUUCGAUGUUAUAAACAAGGCCUGCGGUGAGAAACUAUCUGGGAGGUACGGUAUACUAGCCCUUGAAGGAGGGGAAAUCUGGCGGGUAAAACGUAGGAUCAUCGACCCAGCCUUCAAGAAAAGCUUCCUUAGGAACAUCAUGGUGGGCAUGAACGAAGUGGCCCUCGACUUGGUGAAAGGUCUUGAAAACAAAAAGGGUGGGACAGUGUUUGAUAUUACAAGCGAUUUGGGCAGGAGUGCUAUGAUGGCUGUUUCUAUUUGCGGAUUUGAUUGGAACCAAAAGUUGGUUGAAGAACAAGGACAGAACGCUCAAGAUCUGGCAAAUUUGAUGGUGGAGGUCAUUGCCAUCGCAAUCAAACAACCUUUCGAAUUUUCCCUGCCUUGGAACGAUAAAGCGUUAAAGCUGAGAUAUAAAAAUCUUGCACUGACUGUCAAAAAAGCCAUGACAACCCACCUUGAGAUGAGGAUGAAAAAUGACAACAGCGGAGACAUACUGUCUCACAUUAUCAGAGCAAACGAAUGUUCAGACCAACUGGGCAUUGACGACCUGGUAGACGAUUACUCAAUAUUUCUUGUAGCAGGAAUGGAGACGACAGCUAUCACCAUGGCAACAGUUGUCCAGUUUCUCUCUAACCACCCGGAAGAGUGUAGAAAGGUACAGGAGGAGGUUGAUGAGGUGUUUGAGGGGAAGGAGUGCUUGGAGUACGAGGACAUUGUUAAGUUUGAGUACUUGGAGAAUGUUAUCAAGGAGAGUCUCAGGAUGAGAGGGCCAGUUAUGGGAACGUGGAGAGUUUGUAAGAACGAUGAUAUUACGAUUGAAGGUGUGCACUUUCCGAAAGAAACCAAACUUGUUAUCCCUAUAGAUGUUAUUCACCAUGAUGGUCGGUAUUGGGAGAACCCUUCAGUGUUCACUCCAGAUAGGUUCUCCGGGGAGUCUGGUAAAAACAUCCGACCAUUUACGUACAUGCCUUUCUCAGCUGGCCUGAGAAAUUGUAUCGGCAAAAACUUUGCCAUGUUGGAGAUGAAAAUCCUUCUCUCAAACAUAUUCAGAAGGUUUGAAUUUGUGAACCCACAUCCAGAAAUAAAAGAUCCUCCAAGGAUGGGGAAUAUCACAGUACGCCCUCUAAAUGGAGUUCCGAUCAAGUUAUACCACAGAUAGAGCGGAGAAGUAGCCACGUUUGGCAAGCUCGGUUAUUUGGUUGUAGCCUUGUCAGAUUACACAGAGACACACUGUUGCCAUGAAACCAA